CCUCUGCCUGUAAUGACAUAUUAUGUUCCAUUCGAAGCAAAAGUACUUUAUGAACUUCCUUCUUUUUUUCAUGAUUCAGGUGCUUUUAAUUGAUUUUCUUUUUCUGGCCUUCCAUAAAUGAUUUUAUCAAGUUAUACUUCAUCCAUUCUGUUUUAUUUCACAGCUUGGUAGCACUAUGGCGGGAGUCGUGAAUAAGUUCUUUAUCACAUCUUUGAUUAUGUGGGCAGCUCCCGUUGCAAUUUUGUACGCCUUUAACCACAACUUAAUUCCUGGUGUAACUGAUAUGUCUCCCCAUUCUAUGACAUUAAUGAGUGGAUUUGUUGCCGUCAUAUCGGUCAAUGUGGUUAUUGCAUUUUAUAUAUGCUUGGCAAUGAGAGAACCCUCAGAUAAACAUGAACCUGAUCCUAAAUUCCUGGCAGAGGCCAAAGCUAGCGUAAAGCAGUUAGGGAAAACUCAAGAUGGCGAUUCAUCAGAAACCCGCUCCAAACAAGAGUGAACAAAAAGUAAAAAAGACGU